AUGUAUGAUCACAACUCGUGGCCCAUUGGAUCCCCGGCCCGUCCGCCACCCCAUCCAUCAAAGCAGCUAUCUCCGACAAAGCCAUUACUACCUACUAAGCUUCCUGACGCCGCGCCGCCAAUCUUCCAACUCUUCAUCCAUCCUUUCCGCCCUGGACCAAACCUCGCCCUCACCACCCAAUACAUCAUCACACAACACGCCCAAAUCCAUCUCGAAAUGGCACCUACCGCAUCCGUCAGUCGACGCAAGUCCAAUGGAGGCAAGGGCGGCCUCGUUAUCACCCUGACUGUCGACGCCGAUAAAUUGAAGCGGACCCUUGAUCCCGAUUAUGUAAAGGAAGACUCGCCCGUCAAGAUGGAUGUUGAGGAGACGAAUGGAAACAAGGAGACUCAAGAAGCGCAAGAUUCUCCCGCCACAUCGGCCACCUUGGCAGCUCCUGCCAUCGCAAAUGGCGAGACGGCGUCCGACUCAAAUCCCGGCACGCCCGCUGGCGAUGGAACUCCAGCACCUACAUCCAUGGGUCCUCCUACUGAGGGAGUCAAGAAGAAGGGUACCAAGCGUGGUGCUGGUGCUGCCAAUGGCCUCGGCCCUGAUGGACAGCCCAAGGUCCGCGGCAAGCCUGGCCCCAAGAAGAAGGCGAGACUUGAGGAUGGAACCAUCGACCCGAAUGCCCGUGGUGGCGCUGCUGGACAUAAGCUGGGUCCCAAGGCCAACCAAGGUGCCAUCAACGCCGGCCUUCGAGCUCUCGACCGAAGCGGCAAACCCUGCCGCAAAUGGGCGAGGGGCGGUUUCGUCCUCAAGAGCUUCACAGGUAUCGUCUGGGAGGUUCCUCGAUGGACCGCGCCGCCCAAGUUCGUGCCCGAGCCCACCACCGAGGACUCUGCCGCCGCCUCAGCCGACAGCAGCACCAAGGAGAACAAGGAGAAUGAUCAGAUUAAAAGCGACGCCAAUAGUGCCGUCAACAGCGGCGCCGACGUCGAGAUGCGGAGCGCGCCCGGCAGCGUUCCUGCUAGCUCUCCGGCCCCAAUGGCCAUCUCUGCCGCGUAG